AUGCUCGGUCUUCUCUCUCGACACGCAGCCGAGUCGAAGCGUCAGCAGCAGCAGCAGCAGCUGCAACAGCAGCAGCAGCAACUGCAGCAGCAGCAGCAGCUGCAGCAGCGUGGGUCUGUCUCCGGAUAUGCAACACCUCAGUUAGGUGUUGCCCCUGGGGAUCUUCUUCCCUAUGGACGUCGCGAGCUGCCUUCUGCUCUUGCUGCUGCAGCAGCAGCCUCUUCUGUAUCUCCCUAUACUCUGUCUUCCUCUUCAUCUCCCUGUCAGCUGAAUGUACACCCCAUGCGGGCCGUCGGUGCUGCUGCUGCUGCUGCUGCUGCCUUCUCUUUAGAGGCGGCGAUCAACCAGGAGACAGAAGGAGCAGCAGCAGCAGCAGCAAAUCAAAUUCCAACAACAAAACAAGCAUCGACUCCGCAGCUGCGCUCUCCUUCCUCUCAGCCCGACUGGCACCCUAACGGCCCCCACGCUGCAGCAGCUGCUGCAGCAACUGCAGCAACUGCAGCAGCCGAUGCACUCCCAGCAGUAACCGCAGAUGCAGCAGCAGGAAAUGGAGUUGUACGGUGGGAUUGGGCAAGGAGGCGAGUGCAUUCAGAACCUCCUUGGGGGGCCCUGGGGUGUACAGACAGCUCACCGUCGCAGCAGCAGCAAAAGGACAGCCUCGAGACAUACAGAAGUCUCUUACGGAAGGAAGGGUCAUCGAGAGGAGUGGAGUAUCUGCCGCCUCCUCCUCGCUCUUCUACAGCAACAGCAGCAGCAGCAGCAACAGCAGCAGCAGCAGCAGCGCCUCUCCUUGAUCGAUCCCGGCUAGCGGGUAGCACGCAGCAAUCAGCGUCUGUGCUGCUGCUGCAGCGGCAGAGAGAAGCCAUGGAACUUAUGCUUGACGCCCACAAACAACACGAGAGUGCGGUGUUGUCAUUGCUUCGGAGUUUGGAGUUAUCGCGCGAGGAAAAAGACAGAAGAAGAGAGGCCCUGGCGAAGCGUCUUGUAGUAGGAGUUGCUGCUGCUGCAGCCGAGGCCCCCUCCGCCUCCUUUAGUUCCUAUGCGGUUUGGAAGGAGCUUUCGUACUCGUUGUACUUCAGCGUUUGCCGUUGUUUUUUCUUUUCCACUUUCUUUUACGCCAAACUCGCGGGCUCGGGAGGAAACGAAGAAAAGUCAUACAACUUCGAUGGCGUUCGGAGAUGGACGCGACGCCAGAAAGUUGAUUUGUUUGAAAAGGAUUUAAUUUUUAUUCCUUUGCACCUCGGGCAGCUGCACUGGACGCUGGGCGUUAUUGACAUGCGAGAAGGAAAAGAAAGUAUUCGGUUUUUUGAUUCUUUAGGAGGCCGCCACAAACCUCUGGCCUGGCGAUUAAGAAAAUACCUCCAAGAUGAGCACAAAGACAAAAAAGGCACUGCAUUAGAUGAGGAAAGGGAGUGGUAUGCCAAACCAAACGGCGAGCCGGAAGAAGGGGCCCCUCAGCAGCAGAACGGGUUUGACUGUGGGGUGUUUUUGUGCCAAAUGGCGGAGUGCAUUUCUGAUGGCCGCGCCUUCGACUUUGAACAAUCGGACAUUGCAAACAUCCGCCUCAAAAUGGCUUUAGACAUAACACGCGGUUCCAUAGACUUUUGA